AAGUCAUUUUCUGAGGUUGUGUUUUUGUUUUUCUUCCUUUUCAUCACAAAAAAAUGAAUAAAAUCCCUCUUUUGAGGAUUAAUUUAAGGAUCCCUUUUAUUACACAAGUCCGGGAGAAAAAAUAUGAUUUGCACGACAAAUCUGUGUUGAAGCCCCCGAGGGGCACCCAUAUUUGCAAGAUCUUCAAAACAAACCCCACAAAGUUUGGUCCACUGACUAAUAUGCCUGAUUACACCUUCAUGGACGGAAGACCAACUCCUCUUGGGACUCAUCAGAGAACUAGAUUGGAGAAGCAGAAGGUGAUUGCAACAAAGAUCGUGGCUCUCAACAAGGAGCUGGCUUUUGCCAAGGAAAGGCACCAGAGGAUACUGAGGGAGCAGGCUGAAGAAAGAAAGAACAUUCUGGAGGGCAAAUUGAAAGAAAAAGGACAUUUAAUGCUUUGAAUUGUACAGUGUUUCUCCUGAAUAAUAACAGUUUAGUUAAUAA